GCGUACAGGUUUGCGACCCGACUAGUGAUGCAGUGAUGCUUCUACAGGGCGGUGAAGGGCCCCGACGAGGCGAUGUCAGCGUGGAUUGGGUGGGUGAAGAAAAUGGCUGCAGAUCUGGAAUACGCCGGGGUAAAAGUAGAAAAAGAGGACAUGGUGUUGGGACUCACCAUGGGCCUUGUAGAACACUAUGACCAGCUCGUAGUCGCACUCGACUCGAUCCCACCCGAACAGCUCACUGUCGCAAAUGUUACAGCGAGACUUCUGAAUGAGGAGACCCACCAAAAGGAUACGGAGGAUGACCAGGAUGUGGUGGCCAUGAUGGCUAAGGCUGGGAAAGGGAAGUGGAAGGCAGCUGCAGGGGGCGAGAAGCAUAAGUGCUUCAAGUGCAGAGGAAUAGGGCACGUAUGGAAGGACUGCCCGACCAAGUCCGAUGAUGGCAAGGACAACUCAGAUGAUGAGGAAGGGAAGCCGGACGACAAGGGUGCGAAGGCCAAGGUGGCGUAUACUGACGGCCAUAUUUGCCUAUUCUGA